AUGGCGACAUGCCCCCUAGUGGCAAAACUUGGAGCAGAAGUCUCCAAGAGCCCGACGAGGCGCCAAAGGAGACGAUUAGGAACCAGCGCCCGCGAGCAGACGCAGCACCUGAAGGAAGCUCCUGUUGGAGCGAAGAGAAGAAGAAGAAGAAGAAGAAGAAGAGCGCAGGUGGCGAGAUGUUGGCGUGCUGAAGGAACCAUCUUGGAAUAUUGCUGUCAUCAUCUACAAAGGAAAGAAAAAGGCAGGUUCCUCCUCCCCUCUUUCCCCUCCCCCCGUGCCACCAUGCCCAUCCUCAAGAACCUGCCGGUGCGACUGAAGGGCGGCGGUCCGACCCUCGACAACGCUUUGUUCAUCCGCAGGAUGAGCCUCAACAUCAACCCCCAACACCACACCCGCUUCGACCACGACGACGACGACGGCGGCCAUGGCAACCACUGGUCGCCGGGCGGCUCCUUCCUGGACGGCAACGUUCCGGGGGACCGUAACCCCUUCGAGGACGAGGAGGAUGAGAACGAGGCCAACGAGGGCAAGAAGGGCAAAGGGGGCUCAAGGAAGGGCUCCUUCAAAAUCAAGUCCCCCCUGAAGAGUUUGGGAAAGCUGGGGAAGACCCUGAGGAUGUCGGUGCGCAGCAGAGACAGCGCCGCGUCCUCGCCGCAGGGGUCGCCGCAGGGGACCCCGUCGCCUGCGGAAAAGAAGAAGGGAGGCAGGCGGAGCUCGGAGGGAAGUCUGCUCAGGUUUGCGGGCAAAUACCGCGACACCCUCAGCUUCCGCACCAACGGCGAGCUCAACUGUUCGGAGAGCGAGUGCGACUCCACCAGCCGCCGCGUGUCCUUCAUGAAGAUGGUGGGCUUGGGGAAGAUGAAGAGGGAGUCCGGGGCCGACCCCUCGUCGCAGGGCCCCGAGGAGCAGCCGGUGCACAAGGAGCCGGAAGAGGAGGUCAAGCCCAGGGAGCCACUGUCAGUACUAGAGAUCCUGCAGCUGGUCAAGAAGCGGGACCUCGUCUUGGCCGACACUCACAUCCUGGAGCUGGAGCAGGAAUGCAAUGGGUUGGACGGCGGCACGCAGCCGGAGGACGUGUGCAGCCCGAGCGUCAAAGACGGCGGCCGCAGGAAGGCGAAGGACGUGGAGCUGCUGUACGAGGAGCUGCAGAAGGAGCUGUGGGCCGUGGUGAGGGAAUCGCUGCGGUCGCCCACAGCCGGGCCCAACCUGGGCCUGGUGGUUCAGGUGCUGCAGCAGGAAGAGCAGACUGAUCGGGACCACGCCUGCAGCGAGGCGGCGGGGCCCAGACCGCGGCAGCUGAAGCAGCGCUGGAAGGAGGCGGUCGAGGAUGCCGCCGACAGUUCCCUGCCCCAGAAGGCCGAGUUCACAGCUGGAGAGCUGGCGGGGUACCUGGACCGCAUUCGAGUCCGCGUGGUGGAGGACCUGGGGGCCGCCAAGAGGAACGUGGUGUCCAUUUACCCCGAUGAGUACCGCGCCCUGCAGGUGUACAUGCAGAGCUACCACAAGGCGGUUGCUAAGCGACUGCAGUCCAUUACCGACCAACAGCUGGAGAUCACCGACAUUUACUCCCUGCUGGACUGGCUGCACAACAUCUACAACAGGGAUGUUCUGGCAAAGGUGUGCAUCAUGGACCCUCUCAGUGCCUCUCAGCUCCAACCGCUGCUGCCCCCAGAAACGCUGGACAGACUGGAACAGGACUGUCUCAACUCCGUGCGGGCUAAAGUGACCACCGAGCUGAGUCAGGUGCUGGAUGACGAGGAGAAGCGGUGGUUUGAGAUGCUGCACGUCGAGGAGUACCACAUAACUCUGGCCAAGACCAUCAUACAGAGGCUGCAGGUUGACCUGGAACGUUCCGCCUCCAUCAACAGGAGUUUGGGUUCCAGAGUGGCUCAGUGCAGCCUCAACGGCCUGGCAGACUUCCUCUACAGCUUCCAGCGUAAAGUGGAGAUGUUUCACGAAGGCAUGCAGAGCGGAAUGUUUGGAGAACACGAGGACGGAUACGUGUCCAGAACUGUGGCGCUGGUCAACUGCUGUCCGCCCUUCAGAGGUUUCGUGCAGCGAUGUGCUCAGUGCGAGCCGGCGGCCAGUGAGGACUCUCUGAGGCGGGCCGACAAAGCUUUGGACCACAUCGUCCAGCAGGGCGUCCGAGUUCUCUCCGAGCGCCUGUUCCUGCACAUCCGGCCUUUCUUCGAGCGUCUGGUGAAGAGGAAGUGGCUGAGCAACACGGAGCCGUACGAGCAGAUAGAAGCUGUGAUCAAAGAACACUUCAAGAAAUAUCACAGGAUGGACAAUCCACCUUACCAGCUCCUAGUGGCGGAGGUCCAUCGGCGCGUGGUGAUGGAAUAUCUUCGCUCGGUCAUGCGAGGGCGAAUCAUCUGCACGUCGCUGAAGAUGAGGAAGAGGAUGGCGGGCCGCCUCCGAGACGAAGGCAGGGACAUCAAAGUCCUCUUCAAGGACCUGGAGUCUCCAUCGAGCUGGCUGGACGGCGCCCUGGCUCACAUCUCCGAGGUGAUCCAGCUGGAGGACGUCCCGUCCAUCCAGAUGGAGGUGGGAGUUCUGGUGCGGGAGUUUCCGGACGUCAGGAAGAAACACGUGUCGGCCAUUCUGAACAUCCGGGGCAUGACCCGGCAGCGGGAGCGCCAGGAGAUCCUCAACAUCGUCAAGGACAUCGAGAGCAACGACGGCGGCGGUCUGGCCCGGCUGUCCAGGGACCGAGCCCUCUUCUCCGAGGUCCCGGUCACUUCCGAGGUCCACUGCCUGAACGUCGGCCUGAGCCGCGUCGCCCUCACCGCCUCCUCCUGCUUGGCCACGCUGCGGCCGCGCCGACGUAAAGCCCGCACGUCGGUCCACGAGAACCCGGAUGAUGUUCUCUGAAGCGCCUGGAUCCGGUUUGGACCAGCAGCCUCUUGGCUUGCUUCUGUUCUGUAACACGACUGACUUCUAAAAGUCCUAAAACCUUUUGACAAACCCCGUUUCCAUAUGAGUUGGGAAAUUGUGUUAGAUGUAAAUAUAAACGGAAUACAAAUUUGCAAAUCCUUUUCAACCCAUAUUCAGUUGAAUAUGCUACAAAGAUGAUGUUCAAACUCAUAAACUUUAUUUUUUUUGCAAGAAUUUCAUGGCUGCAACACGUGCCAAAGUAGUCGGGAAAGGGCAUGUUCACCACUGUGUUACAUGGCCUUUCCUUUUAACAACACUCAGUAAACGUUUGGGAACUGAGGAGACACAUUUUUGAAGCUUCUCAGGUGGAAUUAUUUUCCAUUCUUGCUUGAUGUACAGCUUAAGUUGUUCAACAGUCCGUUGUGCUAUUUUAGGCUUCAUAAUGCGCCACACAUUUUCAAUGGGAGACAGGUCUGGACUGCAGGCGGGCCAGGAAAGUACCCGCACUCUUUUACUAUGAAGCCACGUUGAUGUAAUACGUGGCUUGGCAUUGUCUUGCUGAAAUAAGCAGGGGCGUCCAUGGUAACGUUGCUUGGACGGCAACAAAACCUGUAUGUACCUUUCAGCAUUAAUGGUGCCUUCACAGAUGUGUAAGUUACCCAUGUCUUGGGCACUAAUACACCCCCAUACCAUCACACAUGCCGGCUUUUCCACUUUGCGCCUAUAACAAUCCGGAUGGUUCUUUUCCUCUUUGGUCCGGAGGACACGACGUCCACAGUUUCCAAAAACAAUUUGAAAUGUGGACUCGUCAGACCUACAGAACACUUUUCCCACUUUGUAUCAGUCCAUCUUAGAUGAGCUCAGGCCCAGCGAAGCCGACGGCGUUUCUGGGUGUUGUUGAUAAAAACGGUUUUCGCCUUGCAUAGGAGAGUUUUAACUUGCACUUAAAGAUGUAGCCACCAACUGUAGUUACUGACAGUGGGUUUCUGAAGUGUUCCUGAGCCCAUGUGGUGAUAUCCUUUACACACCGAUGUCGCUUGUUGAUGCAGUACAGCCUGAGGGAUCGAAGCCGCUUACGUGCAGUGAUUUCUCCAGAUUCUCUGAACCCUUUGAUGAUAUUACGGAGCGUAGAUGGUGAAAUCCCUAAAUUCCUUGCAAUAGCUGGUUGAGAAAGGUUUUUCUUAAACUGUUCAACAAUUUUGCUCGCGCAUUUGUUGACAAAGUGGUGACCCUCGCCCCCAUCCUUGUUUGUGAAUGACUGAGCAUUUCAUGGAAUCUACUUUUAUACUCAAUCAUGGCACCCACCUGUUCCCAAUUUGCCUGCACACCUGUGGGAUGUUCCAAAUAAGUCUUUGAUGAGCAUUCCUCAACUUUAUCAGUAUUUAUUGCCACCUUUCCCAACUUCUUUGUCACGUGUUGCUGGCAUCAAAUUCUAAAGUUACCGUAUUUUCCGCACUAUUAGCCGCACCUAAAAACCACAAAUUUACUCAAAAGCUGACAGUGCGGCUUGUAACCCGGUGCGCUUUAUAUAUGGAUUAAUAUUAAGAUUCAUUUUCAUAAAGUUUCGGUCUCGCAACUACGGUAAACAGCCGCCAUCUUUUUUCCCCGUAGAAGAGGAAGUGCUUCUUCUUCUACGGCAAGCAACCGCCAAGGUAAGCACCCGCCCCCAUAGAACAGGAAGCGCUUCUUCUUCUACUGUAAGCAACCACCCGCCCGCA